GCGUAUAUUGCUAGUCUAGAGAGCAUUAUAUUCGGACCCCCGCCCGUCGUCUCCCAGUUUCCUCUCAUGGCUUGCUCCAAGCUCUCCCUAGUAGUGCUGCUCGCAUUGCUCGUGGUCCUCGCCGCCGGCCCAGCGGCGGUGCGACGGGCCGAAGCGGCGGCAUCGGCGCAUCUGCACUUUUACAUGCACGACGUGACGGGCGGGCCAUCGGCGACGGCGGUGCGAGUGGUUAAUGGUCCACGGGGCAACUUCGGCAACACCAUGGUGAUCGACGACAAGCUAACCGAGGGGACGUCGGCGUCGUCGACGACGGUGGGACGCGCGCAGGGCUACUACAUGGUGGCGUCGGUGGCGAACCUCGAGUUCCUCGUCAACAUGAAUGUCGUGCUUACUUCUGGCCCAUAUGCCGGAAGCUCGCUCACGGUGGUUGGCCGUGACGACGUCAGCGUCCCGGUGAGGGAGCUCUCGGUGGUCGGCGGCACGGGGCAGUUCAGGAUGGCGCGCGGCUAUGUGCUGUGGAAGACCGUCACCCCCGAGAUUCUCGACCUGGAGAUCUUCGUCAACCCUUCUUGAGCUUAUUAGGCAAUGGUAUGAUUGCUGCGUCGAUGUGAAAUUUUGGUUAGGUGAACCUGUCUAACCUGUAAUAAUCUUUUUCUUUUGGCAUUCAAGUUUGUUUGAUCGAUUGCAUUUAUCGGUUGAUUCGGUACGGUCGUGGAGAGCAACUACUUGCAUCUUAUGAUUUGUUGAACAUAUGUAAAUGAAUGAGCUGUCGUUCUUUUUGUUUGUGGUUAACUGGCUGGUGUACGUGAGGACCUAUAUAUAUACACAUACAAGCUAGCUAGGUGAA